AUGCGCGGCGUGGUGUACUACGGCGAGCAGUUUGUAGAGGUUCCCGAUGCAACCGUCACGCUGAGGGAUAUAUGCACAUCAUUCGGCCUGACGGGAGAGUUUGUGGGUUUUUCAUUGAAAAACCGGGCUAGCGGUCUCGUUGUGGCCACGCUUCCUUUUGAGGUUCUCCCCGAAGUGUCAAGUGCCAGUGGCGACGUCGAUGAGAUGACGUACGAUCUUAUCACACCUGCUGACGGCGAUGCCGCAACGGAGGAGAGAGAUCCAACAACUGACGAUAUGACGGACAUCUUAAAACAACUCGUGCAGCUUGGCGCCACCCCUUUACUUAGCGCAGAGACCGACGCAUUGAUAGAUCCGUACGAACCGCGAGCGGCACCAGGGCUUUUGCUUCGCACCAUUUACCCACCGUCUGCUUAUUGUCCAUACCGCUACCGUGGCGACCCCGUCAAAGCGGUUGGGCGUUUUGGUGCAACAUCCUCCGCUGCGACACAUUCAGCGAGUCCGCCAUAUAUGAGUGCUGUGGAAGUGUACACUGUGGAAAAGGCAACAGGGGCAGCGCUACGAGGUCGUCCAGACCUGACGCCAAAAACCGAGGAGGAAGCAAAUGAUAUUAUGCGGGGGUUGCUUACAGCGGCAACGCAAGCGAAGGCGAUGAUUGCGCUAACAAGCGCAGAGGAGCGUCGCCACGCGGAGGUGGAUGUCAAGCCGAACAUUUAUCCCACGGCCACUUAG